UGAUGCAAAAGCAGUUAAUCAAAGGUGAUGCCUCUCGUACGCUGACCUGAUGUGUCCGGUGGAGAAGCGAAGCAACUCGCCGACGCAAAUUGUUUCUCUGAUCAUUUUUCUCAGGUGAAGAAAUUAAUAAGAAAUUUUGGAAAAGAAGAAGAAGAAGAAGACAGAGCGUACGCACAAGGCACAAGUGCACAACGCACACAUUAAAGUAGUAUUUCAGUAUUUUUACAUGGGAAACUGCGUGUUUCGUGGCAUCGGAGGCGUUCAUGAGGUGAUCAAAGUGGUAACAUCUAACGGCGGCAUCAUGGAGCUAUACGCACCCAUCACAGCGGAGUGCAUCACCAACGAAUUUCCAGGCUACGGCAUAUUCCGGAGCCGCGAUCUCUUCUCUCAACCACUCAUCCACAAUGAAGAGCUCCUCUCCGGAGAAUUAUACUAUCUACUACCUCUGCAUGCCGGGAGAGGAGCCCGAAUCACCAGAGACGGUGACCUCAGACCAAACGGCAUGUUAUCGUCGUCGUUUGUGACACCUUACAGGAUGUCUUUCGACAAUCAAGGAAUACUAAAGAGAUCGGAAAGCGAGGUGUUCCCUAGAUGUAAUAGCACGGGAGUCUGGAAAGUAAAGCUGGUGAUAAACCCGGAACAGUUAACGGAAAUAUUGUCACAGGAGGCUCGCACCGAGGCGUUGAUCGAGAGUGUGAGAACAGUGGCCAAAUGCGGAAAUGGGGUCUCUUCUGUGGCUAAUUCUGAUCAAUGGAGCCUCUCCAGUAGUUGGAAAGCUUACUCGGAGAAACAACGGGGGGCCUGGAGCUUUGAUUGAUGUGAGAAGUGAGAGGGCAUCUCCCAUUGCUUUUUACCUGUUUUUUCUUUUUUUCCUUCAUUUUAAUUUCCUAUUGUGUAAUUUGAAGGAGCGAGAGAGUAGUGUAUGGCACUCAUGUCAUGUAAUAUAAUUUGCAUCUGUUUCUUCCAUGAUCUGCUUCAAAUAUAUUUAAUUAUAAUUAAUUGUUA